UAGGUGGUUGUAGUCUUCAGACUAGCCCAAAGUCCAUCUGUAGCUUUCCACUUGCAAUUAGAAGAAAAAUCAGAGUCAGAAGAAAAUUUUGUUUUGGGAUAGAAGGGAUCAGAUUUUGUAUACAUAGUCCUUCCAUUGUUAUACAAGUCAAGAUUCAAGAGAUGACAUCCAACAUCUCUGCUAGCUGGAUUACAUGUUGUAGCCUGCUUCAAUAUAUUAUGAGAGUUGUGUCCCCAAAAACACUUGAUCAUUGAUCUGAAACUGUAGAGCCAAAUUCUAGGAAAAUUAACAUGAAGCUGCAAGGUAGGAAAGUUUCAUAUCUGAUGCCAAGGCCCAACCUAUAUGUCCUCUGUUCUUCUACAGCAAUACAGGUAGCUUUGAUUGAGCCCAGUAGAACAUAGCUUCUUGGAAAUGGAAACUUGCCAGUUACACCAAGAACUCGAGUACUAGAGCUCUCUAUGGAGUGUACUUCUUUAUAGUGUUGGUAUAGUUAGAGAUUAUAAGACAAUAAGAGUCAGCACGCAAUGAAUGGAAGAAAAAGAUACAAGUGAUGGAAGAAGACAAACGACAUGAAUGAAGUUUGUGUGCAUCUGUAAGGGUACAUUUCAGUGAUUGAAACCACCUGCAACACAUGAACGCACAGUGUGUGGAGAUUAGUCGUAGCCAAAUCUUGGCGUCGUUUACACGGAACUUGAUGUAUUAGUCGGAAGCCAUUGAUGAGACUCGUAAUGGACAGAUCUCAACAGUUCUUCUGUCACCGGUCGCUUGCUGCUCCGGCUUUAAUUAAGAUGUGCGGCAUAAGAUGGAGCGUGAUGCCUCGUCGUCACCUUCGAUCGACAUCGGCUGUGGGUUAGGUUAUCGUAACCUUUUCGAUCUUUGGAUCUGUUCGAAGUACAUGAAUUAAUGGUUCCACACGUACUCAAAGCAUGUGCUGGAAUAGACUUGAUGACUGCCGCACGUGCUUGCUUACGAGGCUUGGAUGUGUGUCUUGCAGGCGUCGCCGAACCAAUGGGCACCGCUCAUCGGAGUCGCUUCAUCCAACCAAAUGUGUGGCGGCCAUGGGGCCAACACAUGUGUUUCUGCUGCCCCUCGAGCUUCCAUGGCUGUGACCAAAGAUCAAACAGGUUAAGGGUGGGCUGAAACCUUGGAGCAAGACGAAUCAAAACUCUAUAUCUAUAUAUAUAUCCAAACCAUCGUACCCAUUUAGUGUAAAGAGUAUGAGGUUGAAGGACUUCUUCAAAUCCUUCCUCCUUUUGUGUAGGUUCCUUCUGCCAAGGAGGCCAAGUACCUGUCACACAAACCAUGGGAGAUCGCAGAGGUACCCUUCUCUAGAGAGCCUCCCCAGCCAAACCGUAGUUUGUGAUGUGGAGGGAGCGCUUCUUAGGACUUCCUCCACCUUCCCCUACUUCAUGCUCGUGGCAUUGGAGGCAGGAGGGUUCCUAAGAGGUCUACUGCUCCUGCUUCUGCACCCUCUCAUCUCUUGCCUGAGCCAUGAGGUGGGGAUACGGAUCAUGGUGAUGGUCUGCUUCUUUGGACUGCGGAAGGAGGACUUCAGGGUGGGGAGAGCUAUGCUGCCUAAGUUCUUCCUGGAGCAGGUUGGGUUGGAAGGCUUCGAGGUGCUGCGGAGAGGAGGGAGGAGGGUCUGUGUCAGCUCCAUGCCAACCGUCAUGGUGGAAGGCUUCCUGAAGGAGUAUUUGGAUGUGGAGGUGGUGUUGGGAAGGGAACUGAAGGUGUUCGGUGGAUACUACACUGGGUUGAUGGAGGACGGAGUUAUUGGGUUUGGCCAUGUCGAUUUUGCUCACCAUCGGCUCUUUACCCAUUGUAAGGAAGUAUGCUUGGUGGGAGAAGCUGAGAAGAGAAGAGGCCGCCAUCCCCUGCCAAGAUCACAGUACCCCAAGCCCUUGGUCUUCCAUGAUGGCAGGAUAGCGUUUAGGCCGGACGGCAUCUCCACCCUCUGCAUGUUCCUGUGGUUACCCCUCGGCUUCGCCCUCGCCUUUGCCCGAGCCCUCGUCUUCCUCUUCCUCCCCUACGCCCUCUCCAUCCCGCUACUCGCCUCCCUGGGCAUGCACUCCAGGCUGAUCACCUCCUCCGACAAGGAGGAGAGGCGAGGCGACGGCAGCCAGCUCUACAUCUGCAACCACCGCACCCUCCUCGAUGCCCUCUACAUCUCUGCGGCGCUCCGCCGCCACGUCACGGCCACCACCUACAGUGUCAGCCCCAUCAGCGAGUGGUUCUCCCCGAUAAGGACCGUCAGGCUGACGAGGAACAGGGAGGAGGACGCUGCGAGGAUGAAGAAGCUGGUGCAGGAAGGGGACCUCAUGGUGUGCCCCGAGGGGACGACCUGCCGCGAGCCGUAUCUGCUCCGCUUCAGCCCGCUCGUCGCGGAGAUCAGCCGGGAGGUCGUGCCGGUGGCGUUGGAGUCGUGGGCGAGCAUGUUCUACGGCACGAGCACCGGCAAGCUCAAGUUCUUGGAUCCCUUGUACUUCCUCAUGAACCCGUUCCCGUGCUACGAGGCGGAGUUCAUGGCGACGGUGGCCACCGGUGCCAUUGGUGGAAAGGAGUGCAGUAGCUACGAGAUGGCCAACCAUUUGCAAGCGGAGAUCGGUAGGCGCUUGGGGUUUCAGUGCACCAGCUUGACCAGAAAACAUAAGUACGUGCUGCUUGCAGGCAACGAAGGGACCAUAGAGAGAGAGAGAGAGAGAACACGGGAAGGUGACGUGAGAAUGGAGAGACGAUGAGAGACUUGUCUCCCUCUCUCCUUAAGAUAUUAAUGGUUAUUUUCCUAUGGUUUGAGGUGAAAAGGGUGAGUUUGUCAUGGUUA